AAAUUAUAUAAGACUCAUUGUUUCUUAACAAUCGAUGUAGUUGCUGGAAUGCUAAACGAUCACCAUGUUAUUCUACACGCUCAAUGUAUUUAGUCUUGCACUAUUUGGAUUAGCCUCAGCCGCAUUAAAAACUAAUAUUCCUGUAAUAACCUGUAAACGAGAUUCAAUUGAUUAUACUGUCUGUUUAAAACAUGCUAUAGAAGAAGCAUGGCCACGAUUUGUGAAAGGACUUCCUGAAUUUGACUUCUCACCUUUGGAUCCGUUAUUUUACAAAUACGGCAAAGCUGAAUUUAAUUCAGACAUUCUACAUGCAGAAAUGAGUAUGUCAAAUGUUACUGCUAAUGGUUUAGCAGAGGCUCAUUUUAAUGGUGUCAGAUCGUACUUUCUUGAUGAUGUUUUCCAUUUAGAAAUUGAUACACAACUACCAAAACUACUAAUAAAAGGUGUAAUAAAUUUGGCUGGUUCUAUAGGUGUAUUCAGAACUUUUGGUAAAGGUUCUUUUAAUGUAAUUGGUGAUGAUGCUAGAACAACAUGGGAUUUAACAGGGCAUGUAGUAAACGAUACAUGGAUUGUAGAACGUUUCCGUGUAAUGCCGUCAUUUGGAAAGAUUGUAAUAUAUUUCGACAAUGUUUUAGAAGACAAAGGGCUUAAUGAUAUAGUCGCAAAUUUUAUAAAUGAAUAUUGGCCGCCAAUAUAUCGAGUAGUAUUACCAACAGCAGCUGAUGCAUGGGAACCUUGGUUGGUUAAUUUUGCCAAUAACUUUUUCUCAAAAGUUCCAUUCUCAGAAAUAUUUCCAUAAAAUAUAAUUAUUAUAUAUGUUAAUAAGGUGCCAAUUUUUUAGUGCAAAUAAAAACACAUUCAGCUUUGCAAGAAUAAUAAUUUGUAUUUGUUAAAGAUAUGGUUUGAAGAUUCCAUCGUUUCAAUUUUGUUUUUUAAUUACUGUUUGUAUAAAUAAAAAAAAGUAAAUAAAUAAAUUAAAGUAUUAA